AUGCGACCAAGUAUACUUGAUCAGUUGCGCAUCUCUGAUAACAAGGUGUUUCCCGACAUUCUUUUGUCUGGAAAUGAAGGGAGCACUGGAUCUGAAGAGCGAACGUUAAGACGAGGCACUGGAGUUCGAACGUAUUCGGUACGGGCACUUUUCAAGGAACAAGAGAGCAAUGGUAAGAUAGAAGAACCUAGACGUGUGUCUAUACCACGAAAUAAGGAGUCCAUAUUGAAUGUGCCGCGAGUGAUAGUCAAUAAAUCUACGCGACAUUUCAAUGUGAAGAUUAGAUAUACCCCGACAAAGCAACAACAACAACGUCAUCAAUAUGAGACAAGUAGACGACAUGAAAAGAGGAUAAUAUCUUCUGGAGACUCGUACCUCAAACGGUCGGGGAAAAGAGGACGUCCGAGAAAAUAUCCCCGAGUGGGGGAAGAUACAAUCAUGACCGGGAACGUCUAUACAAAGUCAUUGGAUACUUAUGACAAUGAUCUGUACAUGUACGACACAGUAGUGGAAGAAGCAACCACCACAGCAACACCACAGCCACAUGACCCUUAUGAAGAACUCCCAUAUAAGGGGAUAAUCGGAUUUCCCGAUUGUAUCAUCAAUGAAACCGAUCCAACGCGACAAGAUCGUGAAAUAUUCCAAAAGCUUCUAAUUGAGGGAGAAACCUUAAGAAAGGAAACAUUACAUGCAAAUAAAAAUAAUAAUUAUAAUAAUAAGAAUAAUAACAACAAUGAGACUAAUGAGGAGGAGAAUAGAGGAGAAACGACCCCAGCACCUUCAUAUUACUUAAGAUCCAAGAUCAAAAAAAUUCAAUUCAGAGAGUUUGAGAUUGAUACUUGGUACACAGCACCAUACCCUGAAGAAUAUUCCCAAUCUGAAGUGUUAUACAUAUGUGAAUAUUGUCUCAAGUAUAUGAAUUCUCCAACUUCAUAUGCGCGACAUCAAUUAAAGAAUUGUAACCUUUCAAAUAAUCAUCCACCAGGGUUAGAAAUUUAUCGAGAUGAGACUCAAAAUGUUUCAAUUUGGGAAGUUGAUGGACGCAAGAAUAUCAAUUAUUGUCAGAAUUUAUGUCUUCUUGCCAAAUUAUUUCUCAAUUCCAAGACUCUUUAUUAUGAUGUUGAACCAUUUACAUUUUAUGUACUAACUGAAAUUGAUCCAAUGGAUUCUUCAAAGUAUCAUUUUGUGGGAUAUUUUUCAAAGGAGAAACUUAAUAAUUCAGAUUACAACGUUUCAUGUAUAUUGACUUUACCAAUCUAUCAAAGGAAAGGGUAUGGGAACUUUUUGAUUGACUUUAGUUACCUUUUAAGUAGACGAGAGUUUAAAUAUGGUACACCCGAAAAGCCCUUGAGUGAUUUAGGAUUGGUUAGUUAUAGGAAUUAUUGGAAGAAUACUAUAGCUUUCACAUUGAAGAAGUUAUUUCAAAAGUUCCAAGAUAAAUUCUCUGUUUCAAUUGAUAGUUUAAGUAAAUUAACUGGGAUGAUUCCAUCAGAUGUGGUAGUUGGAUUGGAACAAUUAGAAUCAUUGGUUAAGAAGGACAAAGAGUAUGCUAUAUUGAUGAAUGUUAAAGUGAUUGACGAGGUGAUAUGUAAAUGGGAGAAUAAAGGAUACGUCACCGUUGAUGAAUCGAAGUUAUUAUGGAAACCAAUGUUAUUUGGACCUUCUGGUGGGAUCAAUUCUGCCCCAGCCCUCUUGCAAGGAACUACUGUUGUAAAUAAUGGGAUUAAUAGCAUAUCAAAUAUUGUUAAUUUCCUAAGAGAUGAUAUUAACAAUCCUUAUAGUUUUGAAGAUGAAGCAUAUAAGGAGAUUGAAUGUUAUGUUGAGAUGGAAGAUGGGGCAAACGAGGAAGCUGGAGCUAGAAAUAUUGACGGAUAUCACGUUUGUAGACCAGGAGGUGGAUCGAUCAACGUUUCCAAACCAUUACAAUUUAUUGAUGAUAGAGAUAAAGAGUAUAUGGAUGUUAAUGGUAUUGAAAACAUCGAAGGGGAUGUGACCAAUGAGAUUGAUGAUGGGGAAGACGAAUUAGAUUUGGAUGUGGAAGUCGAUCUGGAAGAAGAUGGCGAAGAGGUUGUAAUACUGGAAGAAGAGGAGGAAGAAGAGGAGGAAGAGGAAGAAGAUGACAUUGAAGUGGAUGAAGAAUUAUUAUUAAAUGCUGAAGAUUCUUCCGAUUAUUCUGAUGCAGUAGAAUACACAGAUGAAGAAAGCAAACGAAAUGGUCUGGUACCUACUCGGAUAGCAAGAAACGGUCGUAGAGAAACGACCCUUACAACAAGCACUCGACAGCGUAGGCGAAGAUAA